AUGCGUGCCGCACGAGGCGACAGGGCUAUACUCAUCCCUUUGAUACGGCAGUGGAAGAUGGAAAAGUACGAAGAGUUACGAUCGGUGCAAGUCUCUGCCAGUUUUUGUGCAGGAGCUGCGAUUGCCGGCAUGCCAUGGUCUAAGACUUCAGAUGCUCUGUGGAUUGCAAACGCCCUCUUCGUCAGCUCUCUACUGUGCGCUAUCUGGGCCAUUAUUUCGACCAUCCAAACCAAGUCUAUCCUUGACGACCUCCCGGUGAAAGAGGAUCUCAACACCAGUCUUGCAGACAUCGAAGUGACGCGCGCAAGGCGCACAAUUUUGCGAUACAAACGCACUCCUGCCUUCCAGCACUGGAUCAUGCUAUUCAUCUGGCAAUUUCCUUCCAUGACUAUGGCUUACUCAUGGGUCACGUUUUUGCUGGCUCUUACUGUGCACGUCUGUGAUCCUUUUGUUCGGCGUUCACCAUGGUCAGACAAGAACAAGACAGCGAUAGUAUACCUCGUCAUCGGUCUGCUUGGCUUGGCUACCUACAUCUUCACUGCCGUAUUCGUGUACAUGAGCGAAAAGGACCUCGAACACUACGUCACAGACACGACUAAGAAGCGUGACCUCGAAAACAGCAGCUGUAACCACGCUUCUGAAUCUCCCCUCACACUCCCGACCAUUGCUAGGAUGUCCCGUAGCAGCAAGGGUAGCGUUUCCUUUGAACGAUUUCGCGAAGACGGCUUUGUGGAGAUUGACCUCGAACAUGAAGGUGCGGAAACAGUGAGGGCUGUAGAGGGUCUCAAGUGCGAGAAAAAGAAGAAGACUAGGCUGACUCUAUUCAACUGA